AUGAAGCUCUCCGCCGCUGCCCUCCUCCUCGCCUCCACGGCCUUUGGCGCCUCUUCGUCUCUCAUCCCUUCGGGCAUCUCGUCCGGAUGCACGACGUUCCUUGAGUCGCUCAACGCCGACCAGAACCUCCAGACCUGCGUCAACCCCCUGAUCCAGGCCACGAAUGCGUUCUCGCCCGUGUCGGGCAAGAACCCGUCAUCGAGCGACCUCACCUCGGCUCUCAAGACCAUGUGCUCGGCUUCGGGCUGCGACCAGUCCUACGUGGUCGGCAAGCUCAACGAGUUCUACAGUGCAUGCCGCUCCGAGAUUGACUCUGGCAACUCGAAGGUUGCCGAGCUCUACGACGUUCUCUACGUCUUCACGCCGCUAAAGGGCGCCGUCUGCUCGGUCGACUCUGGCUCGCAGGCUUACUGCGUCAACUCGAUUCGCAAGGCCGGUGCCUCGUCGAACCCCGGCCCCGCCGGCUCCAAGUCGUUUGCAUCGUCAGUCAACGCCGUCGCGGCCAUUGCCAACAGCGCCGCCGACUACCUCUACAACGCUGCUGGUUUCUCGAAGCGUGCCGCGUCUCAGUCGUUUGCGUCGGUCGUGACCCCCAACGCGACGACCUACCGCAACACCAACCUCCCCUUCCUCUUCCUUCAGCCCGACAUGACCAAGGACCAGCUCUGCACCUCGUGCACUCGUCAGAUCAUGGUCAACUACAUCAAGUACGAGAACGGCAUCGUCUACGGCCCUGGUCUUAGCAACUCGCCCAUCCUCGGCGGCCAGAGCGGCCUCUGGAACGGCAUCAAGACCGUGUGCGGCGACGCGUUCACCGGCGCCAUUGUCACCGAGGCCGGCGGCAGCCUUCCCUCUUCGAAUGCACUCUCGCGCGCGGCCGUCCCUGCCGUCGGUCUCGUUGCCGGUGUCGCGGCCCUCGUCUUCGUGCUCUAA